AGUCCUUGCCCCCCCGCCGCCGUGCAUGGGCUCCAAUGCUGGCCCAAGCCGGCGGCCGGCUGCGCUGGUGCUCCUGCAGGAGGGGAGCGCUGGGCCUCCAGGCCGGGCCCUGGAGGCAGAAGCGCAGGCGUUGUUGGUCGACCCCGCUCACGGCCCGUACACUUUUCAGGCUUUGCGCACACUUCUCUCUCUGAGUAUCGGCCUCUGCGGUUUUCGCCGAGCUGUCUGGGAUGACGCGCCAGGCCUCCCCCCGCUGCUCGGCCUUCCGCUCGUGCUGCAUCGGCAUUGUGCGAAUUCCUCGGAGCGUGUGGCUCCACGUCUCGCGAGAGGGCGCCGACAAGCUGCACGCCGUCAAUUUUGCAACCGAUGCGGAGAGAGAGGCCGUCAAGAGGGACAACCGGGGGCUCGCGCAGGAGGCGUACCGGUCGAUCAACUUUGUCUGCUGGCGAAGGUCCGCUCUGUUUGUGCUCUGUACCGGCACGGUGGCGGAUUUUCCACGUGUCGAUAUCCCUGUGGAAUAUCAAGCACGCUCAUGACCAGUACGUCAGGCUCGAGAGACUCUCGGUGAGCCACUUCAACAUCGAUUUCGUCGCCUGGCGCGAGGGGGCCCUCGACCCCGAGAACGGCACCGAGCCAGAGGUCAGCUGCUUCCGCGUGGAGCGGUCGCUCGAGGGGAACCUCUCUAGCCUCUCCGACCUCGUGAAGGCGCCGCCGAUCCCCGGAGUCGGCUCUAUCGCCAAGAGCGUUGUCAUGAAGAAGGACCCGAAGCUCAGCUGCGGCGCGCUUCGGGACGCCCACGGGGACGCAGCCUGCAGCAGCAGCCUGGGCCUGAUGCUGGCGACGUACACGGUGGACUUCACCAGCGGCUGCCCCUGGUCCGACUUCUGCAAGAUGCCCUUCCACCACGCCUGCCCAGUCCAGUGCGGGAGCUACGGGACCGCCAUGUGCAGGGACCCAGGCAACCUGGUCGUGGAGGGCUACGCGAGGUUCUCGAGGUCCUUCGCGAUGGCGCUGUACCGCUCCCUGCAGGCGCAGGCGGCGCAGGUCACCAUCACGAGGUCCUACCUGAUGGCCCUGCUCAACAUCUGCGGGCUCGUGUCGCUGUUCCUCGCGCUCUGCAGGUGGACGCACUGGGCCAGGAGCCAACGCCUCGUGAUGGUGUCCUGGUGCCUGCUGUUUCUUGCGCCCUUCGUGCUCUCCUCGGUGCCCGUGAGACUCUUCUUGCAGGCGGACGAGGCCGACGGUUACAUCAAAGACUUCCUGCACGUCAGCCGGGAGUUCUGGAAGCCCGAGGAGGGCACCAAGGGCGGCAGCAAGGCCGACUUGCUGCCUUCGUGCGAGGAGCUCCGUGGAGCGGCGACGGGUACCGACAGUUACAGGAUGUUCAGCAAUUACAAGAACAGCCUGCGCGACGCCUGCAAGAAGUGCCCUGGCGGCGGCUGGAGCACGUGGUUCGACUGGCGCUGCUACGUCUUCAGCUUCGGGGAGAAGAAUACCGGGGCGUCGAAAAGCGACAUAACAAAGGUAUGCAACGAGUACCAGGAGGGCAGCCGGGAGUUCGACAACGCCGUCGAGGAGUUCUGCGAGGUGUCGAGGGCAUACGUGGAGCAGCGGGAGCAGCAGGCGCACGGGACCGCCAAGGGGUGGUCGAAGUUCGUGCAGUCGAACGAGAAGUACGGCGAGUACGGCUGGAAGCACGCGAAGAUCCUCAUGGAGUCCAGCAUCGGGCUGGGCGAUCCAUGUCCAUGCUCCUCGUCCUGUUUCCCGCCGCCCUGUCGGUGGCCCCCGCUCUGCUUCAGGCUCGCCUGGCCACCCGGCAACUCGAGCGCUUCCAGAGCAUCCUUGGCCAGAAUUUCGGAGCCCUAGAGCUUGGCACCAACACCAGUUGCCUCCAUCGAGGGAAGAAGCUGCUGAUCUCGGUGAUGGUGGCCAUCUU